AGAACACGAAAACCUAAAUUCUAGGGUUCCAACGUUUGUAUGUCACGAUCGUCGUUUGCAGAUCUCAUUCAUCAUCAUCUUGAAAGGAGAUACUGUGUUUUAGAUAUAAUCUAUUGGAGGGGAUAUGGGUCGAGAUAGGGAACUGUCCCGGUCGCCGUCGUAUAAAAGGCGGAGAUAUUCAAGGUCACCGUCGCCGGUGGGACACAGGUAUGGCAGCCGCAGAUAUAGAGGCCGAAGAGAUCGAAGCAGCCGAUCUCCUUAUUCCUAUAGCAGACGGAGAAGCCGCUCGAUAUCUCCGCGCCGCCACCGGAAAAGUCGUUCACCAACUCCUAGACGGCGGAAGAGUCGCUCACCCACACCAAGGCGUCAUAGGCGACAAAAAAGUAGGAGUACCUCGUUGUCUCCUAUAGCUAACUCUCCAAGUAUCGAGUCUAUCGAGCGCAAAGUUGUCAGCGAAAAAACGAAAAUAGAAGAAGAACAACAAAAGAAAAGGCGUCAGCAUGAAGCAGAAUUGAAAUUGUUGGAGGAAGAAACUGCGAAAAGAGUGGAAGAAGCUAUAAGGAAGAGAGUGCAAGAGAGAUUGAACUCUGACGAUAUUAAGCUUGAAAUUCAGAAGCGCCUUGAGGAGGGGCGGAAGAAAGUUCUGACUGAUGUUGCAGCUCAACUUGAGAAAGAGAGAGAAGCUGCCAUUAUCGAGGCUAGACGAAAAGAGGAACAAGCUCGAAAAGAGAAAGAAGAGUUACAGCGGUUGGUUGAAGAGAACCGGAGGAGGAUGGAAGAGGCCCAGAGGAGGGAAGCAAUGGAGCAACAACGGAGGGAGGAAGAACGUUACAGGGAACUGGAAGAACUCCAAAGGCAAAAAGAAGAAGCGUUACGCAGAAAGAAGCAGCAAGAGGAGGAAGAACGCUCAAAACAGCAGAAAUUACUUGGUAAGAACAAAUCGCGCCCCAAAUUGUCUUUUGCAAUCGGUUCCAAAUAGCAUCGCUAAAAAAAAUCUUGGCAAAUUCAAAUAUUGUAGCGAUUAAUUUCGGUUUGUAACGAGUUAGUUUUGCAUUUUUUUGGAUGAUUUUAUAAUGGCAAAAUUUUCUUGUCUCAGGAAAAAGUAAAAUGAUACUUAGAUUUUUAAAUCUA